UUCGAGAGCAUCGCCAUCUUUGCCAUUGCUCUGCAAUCUUCCUCACUCUAGCUUGAAUUUCUCAUUAUUGCCUUGCUUUUCUAGAAACUCUGAACCAGUCAACCAUUUCCCCUCCGUCAAUAUAUCCAGAAGAUUUAGAUUCUGUUUAUGUUGUUAUAAACUCAAAAAGGCUGGAGUUCUGUUUUCGUGAGGAAUAGCGAUCAGUAGUAAUGCUCCCUCUAUUGAAGCUAGGAACGCUUGCCCUAAAAACUCUGAGCAAACCCAUUGCCGCUAGACUCAAGAAGCAGGCUGGGAUUCACCCCAAAUUCAGAAAUAUGAUAGUUAGCGUAGCUCAGGCUAAUCACAGGAUCACAACAACCAUGCAAAGGCGCAUAUAUGGUCAUGCAACAGAUGUGGAAAUCCGACCUCUGAAUGAAGAAAAGGCUGUUCAAGCUGCAGUUGAUCUCAUGGGGGAACUUUUUGUCUUCUCGGUGGCAGUGGCUGCUUUGUUUUUCGAGGUACAGAGAAGUGCUCGAUCAGAAGCAAAAAAGGAGGAAAUUCGCAGGCAGGAAAUGGAGGGAAUGAGACAACGGGAUGAAGAGUUAGCUCAGGAGGUAGAGCUUCUGAAGCAAAAGCUAGCAGAGAUCGAGAAAAUGGCCAACGCACGAGGCCUUGCCGGAGUGUUUAACUUCAGGCAGGCUCAAGCUGAAGAAGCCAGGCCAACACCUGCAGCUUGAUCUGCUGGAAUCACUAAUAAUUAAUCUAGCAUUGGAUGAAUCAGCUUGACCCUGAUUCACCUCAUCCUAUUCUUUUACCCAUUUUUUAAAAGAAAGAUGUAAAAAAAUAAGAUAAAUCAAUUUGUUGUCAUAUUUUUGGCAUGGGUUUUUAGUUGAAGGAAUCUUGAAAAAUAUUUGAAGAAUUGAUCUUGUUUAGUGUUGAUGAUGGAAUGUGAUUCCAUUCAUUUGCUUAGUGAUAUUUGAUGUGUAAAACAGGAUAAAAAGCCUUUUGAAGGUGCUUUGUUGUUUGAAAGAUCAUAUGGUGCAUUGAACCAUAUGAUUCAAAAAAUAUCUAUCCCAUGAAAUUCUCUUGUA